AUGAUGAACUGGUCAAGUGUGAGUAAGCCUGAAGUGUUUCUUCAUGAGGAUGGAUACUAUUUAAUCAAGUUUCAGAAGAUAAGAGACAUGAAUGAGAUUUUGUUCUCUGGGACAUAUACUAUCAACAAUCGACCAAUCAUCCUGAAACAAUGGUGUCCUGAGUUUGAUUUUGGGAGUGAGUUCCUAACAGAAAUUCCUUUAUGGGUGAAUUUUCCAAAAUUGCCUUUAAACUGUUGGGGAGUGGGAUCUUUGAGUAGGAUUGCAAGUGCUAUUGAAGUUCCUCUUUUUGCUGAUGACUGUACCACCAAGCAAACAAGGAUCUCAUAUGCUAGAAUGCUUGUUGAAGUUAAUGUUACAAAAGCUAUAUCUCAGAAGAUAGCAGUAGUGGAUUCAACUGGGAAGACAUUUAUGCAAGAUGUAGUGUUAGAAUGGAGGCCUCAAUACUGUGAUAAGUUCCAGAAGAUAGGGCACCUAUGUCAAGUGGAGCCUGAACCAAAAGAGGAGAUGCCAAGGAGAAGAAGGCCAUGGAAGAAAGUAACUCAAACUUGUCAGUAUAAAGGUCCAAUAUCACAAAAGACUGAGCAAGAAAAGAUGGAUGAACAAAGACAAGAGAACAAUCUUAGUCCACGGAAGAAUAAGCAGGAGGAAGAACAAAAGAUAGGAAAGAAAUUAGAUCAGCAAACACCAAGGAAUAAUGGUGAGCAGUCUUAUGUUGAUAGACAGCUGGAAUUAAGUUUGGCUAACUUUCCUAUAUUAAAAGCUAUACCAACAAGGAAUGGUUUUGAGAGUCUUAUGCAUAACAAAAUGGCUUCACUAUCUAUUGAUAGAGGAUUAGUUGAAACAAGAGUUAAAGACAAAAAUUUGAACUCAAUUCUUAAAGGGAUAGCACCAGGGUGGAAGAUACCACAUAACUAUACUGAUAGUCCUAAUGGAAGAAUUUGGUUGAUAUGGGAUGAUAACUGGUAUGAGAUCAAGAUGAUUAAUAGCUCAGCUCAACUGCUGCAUUGUCAGGUUAAUGAAAGAAGUAAAGACUAUCAGUUUAUAUUGACUGUGGUGUAUGGCUUUAAUACAGUUGAACAGAGGAAAAGUCUGUGGCAAGAAAUGAAUGCAAUGUCAAAAGGUAUUUCUCAACCUUGGCUCAUAGUAGGAGAUUUUAAUGCUAUUCUUUCCACUAAGGAUAGGUUAGAUGGAGUUCCUGUUACUAAUAAUGAGAUAAAAGAUUUUGGUGAUUGUGUGAGAGAUAUGGGGAUUACUGAAUUGCAGUGGACAGGUAACUACUAUACUUGGACUAACAAGCAAUGUGGGAGGGAUAGAAUAUCUAGUAGAAUUCAUAGAGCAUUUGGAAAUGAUGAAUGGAUGGAUAAACGGGGACAUGUUAAUGUAUAA